AUGUCCCAGUCCCAGACCCCUAUCCUCAUCGGUGUCGGCGACCACGUCAACCGCUCUCUGGCCAUAGCCGACGCCCACGAACCGCUGACGCUGAUCCUGCGCGCCAUCGACUCGGCCCUGCAGGACAGCGGCCUCCCGCCCGCGCGCAGGCAACAGCUCCAGGCGGCCAUCGACAGCAUUGACGUCGUGCGCACCUGGACCUGGCCCUACGAUGACCUGCCCGGCGACAUUGGCCGGCGGCUCGGCGUCGAGGCCCGCCAUCGCUUCUACAGUGAGCACGGCGGCAACAAGCCCGCCAAGUUGUUCGACAACGCCGCCCGGAGGAUUGCAAGGGGCCAGACUAAGGUCGCGGUCGUGGCGGGCGGAGAGGCAUUGGCGUCAUUCGCGGCAUGCGUGGCCGCUCAAAAAAUACCGCCGCCAGGAUGGACAAAGACCAGUCAAAACGUCGCCUCGAUCUUCUCCCCUUCGAAACUCCACGGGGGCCGCGACAUCGGCUUCGACCACUCCAUCACCGCCCCGAUCCAGAUCUACCCGCUGUUUGAAAACGCGUUUCGCGCCCACCGGGGCCAGUCCAUCCCCGAAAACCACGACGAGUCCGCCCAGCUAUACGCCGAAUUCGCCCAGAUCGCUGCACACCAGCCCUUUUCGUGGAGUUACGGCAAACCGGCCAAGACCAAGGAGGAGAUCGGGAGCGUGACAAAGCGGAACCGAAUGAUUUGUUUCCCAUAUCCGCUCUUGAUGAAUGCUUUCAACACCAUCAACCUCGCCGGCGCAUGUAUCUUGACCUCGGCAGAAUACGCUGAGGAGCUGGGCGUGUCCAAGACGAAAUGGAUCUACGUGCUCGGCGGUGCAGGCACGCAAGACAGCGACCAUUUCUGGGAUCGACCGAACUACUACUCCAGCCCGUCCAUCGAGCGGUCCAUUGACACGGCGUUGGCCGUCUCCGGUUUGGCCAAAGAGGACAUUGACCUGUUUGACUUCUACUCGUGUUUCCCCAUCGUGCCGAAGAUGGCAGCCGCGCAUCUCAACCUGCCCAUCACCCAUGGCAGCAAGCCCUUGACUCUUCUCGGUGGCUUGACGAGCUUUGGCGGUGCAGGGAACAACUAUUCCAUGCAUGCAAUCACGGAAAUGACGCGACAACUCCGACAAGGCAAAGGUCAACAUGGCCUGAUCCUCGCCAACGGCGGCUGGAUGACCUACGAGCACGCAUUGUGCCUGUCCACGCUGCGUCGACGAGACGGCAUUCCAUAUCCUGCCGAACCGCCUCUGUCGGAACAUGUCACGGACGUUGCAGUCCCGUCGGUCGACGCGCAGGCCGAGGGCGAGGCGGUGAUUGAGACAUAUACCGUCGACUUUGACCGCCAAGUUGAACCCACCACUCGUCCUUUGCUCGCCCACAUCGUCGGCCGUCUAGUCGCCACGGGCCACAGGUUCGUCGCCAACCACGCCGACCCAGCCACGCUGGAGCGGCUGGCCGGCUGGACAGACGAGAAGAUUGGAUUGACGGGCCACGUGCGCCACGAUAGAAGGACUCGUAGGAAUUUGUUUUGCUUGUCUGCCUCGAAGGCUGCCUCGAGGCAGGUUGGGAAAUUAUAG